AGAAAGCUUACAUUCAAAUUUUGUAAAGAUGGUAAAGAAAUUGUUAUUCAGACUGAUCUUAUUGAUAACAAUUUAGUCCAGUUUGGAAUGAAGUUCAUUACCUUCUGGCUAAGAAAUAGAGUUGGUGGUACAGGAUACUUGGCAACGCCAAUGAUUGACAUGACCGUUGGUAAUAUAUCACUAGUAGAUCAAUUUGAAUGA